AUGCCAUCGCGCUCGCCGUCUCCAAUGGAUCGGUCGCGGUCACGAACGCGUUCUCAAAGCCCGCGCGAUCGUUCGCACACACGCUCACCCAGGCGCUCUCUUUCAGCGCAAUCGCGAUCGCCUCCUGAUUCAAAAUCACCUCGUCUUCUGUCACGGUCUCGUUCGCGCACACGGUCCCCGACUCCUGGACGGAAUGGGCGCAGAAGCCGUACGCCAGACAAAAGGUCAAGAUCAAGGUCGCGAUCGCGGACAAAGUCACCAGGUGGAAGAGGGAGAUCUUAUACUCGAAGCCCAACACCAAGGGAUGGGUCGCCAGCGCCGAGGAGUGCAAAGAUCGUAGUGGAGGCAUUAACAAGGAACGUCAAAGAGGAUCACAUUCGCGAAAUAUUCGGGAAAUAUGGGACGAUCAAGGACUUGAGGAUGCCUAUGAACCCAGUCUUCAAUGUGAACCGUGGAACCGCCUACAUCAUGUACGAGGAGAUCGACGACGCCGAGCGCGCAAUUGCAAAAAUGCACGAAGCACAACUAGACGGCGCAAAGAUCCAGGUCUCGCUCGUUCUCCCACGCCGGCGCUUCUCACAGACACCGCCUCCCAGGCGAGGAGGCCCACCACCACGCUUCCCAGACGACCACGACGGAUAUGCAGGUGGAGGGCCGCCAGGCGCAUACAGGCCUCCGCCGAUGGGCGGCUACGGAGGCGGUAGGGGUCGCGGACGAUCACCUUCACCACGAGGAGGAUGGCGAGGAAGAGGCAGAGGAAGAGGGAGAGGAGGUCGCGGCGGCGGCGGCGACUUUGGAUACAGACCACGCUCCUACUCGAGAUCUAGGAGCAGGAGUCCGCGCAGAAGCAUGUCACGAUCAUCGUACAGCCGGUCACUCUCACGGACACCACCGCGCAGACGAGGCGGCGGAGGUAGCUAUGGUAGGAGAGACUCGCCGCCUAGAAGAGGAGGAAGAGGCGGCGGCGGUGGUGGCGGUGGCGGUGGGAGGAGGAGCCCAAGCUAUGAUUCCUACGACAGCCCACGGUCACGAAGCAGGAGCAGAGAUCGCAGGUAG